CUCGUCAGAGACAAGAAAAUGGCGAGGAGCUGUAGAAGCCUGCGAAAAGCAGCUGACUGCGUUAAACAUUUAUCAUCCACUGCCGGCCCGGAGUCACAGGCAAGGAACAACGUCAGGUACCUGUCAUCAUGUGGAAUCCUGAUGGCACGUUUACCUCCCUUGCUUGGUGCAGCCAUGCCUGGACGUGCCAUGGUGGUGCCUGUCCGCAGCUUCUUCAACCUUGCUGACUCGUUCUCCAAAAGGAAGGAAUAUUCUGAGAGACGCAUUAUCGGCUACUCCAUGCAGGAAAUGUAUGAAGUUGUGGCUGGAGUGGAGAACUACCGCCUUUUUGUUCCCUGGUGUAAGAAAUCAGAGGUGGUGUUUAAACGCUCCGGCUUCUGCAAGGCCAAGCUUACCGUGGGCUUCCCUCCUGUAGUAGAGAACUACACCUCUCUGGUCACCACCGUACGCCCCCAUCUGGUCAAGGCAUCCUGUUCAGACGGUAAACUGUUCAACCAUCUGGAGACAGUGUGGCGCUUCAGUCCAGGCCUCCCUGGCUACCCUCGCACCUGCACAGUGGACUUUUCUAUCUCCUUUGAGUUCCGUUCCCUGCUCCACUCCCAGUUAGCGCAUGUCUUCUUUGAUGAGGUGGUGAAACAGAUGGUCACAGCAUUUGAACGGCAGGCCUGCAAGGUCUACGGCACGGAGACACGCAUCCCCCGCGAGUUAAUGUUCCAUGAGGUUCACCACACGUAGCAUUCUCCAUGCGUAACACACGCACACACACACACACACACACACACACACACACACACACACACACACACACACACACAUUUGUCUGAUGUUAGAGAAAGGAGAGUGAGUGAGGGUGUAGAAGAGAGACCAUCUGUACCCUUACUGAACACCAUAGAGCCUUUUAAACAACUUAACACAACAGUUGUGUCUGGCUGGAUUUUAUUUAUUGCUGAUGAUGAAUUGGUAUGUAUUGCACAGUUGCAGUUGGGCCUGAAGCUACCAUUUUAUAUCCAAUAGUUGCUGAAUAGCUUGGUGUUACCACGGCAGUGACACCAGCUCUCUGACUGGCACUGAGGUCGUGAAUUGGGUAGCUGGCAGGUUGAAUAGAGGGCAGCAAAGAGGAUGUGAUGGUCCAACAAGCAGUAGACACAACCAGGGUCCAGAUAGUAUUUUCAACCCAAUGCUUUUCUGUGCCAACUUCAUGUGCAGGGCAAAAUGAAAAUAUGAAUGUAAAUGUAAAGUGGUAAAUCCUAAAAUUCAUGCCAUGCCUUCCGACAUUCAAAUGACCUGCAGAGUGAGAUAUUGAGUUAGCUCUACAAACAUCUGGGUGCCCUAAAAGGAAAUCAAAUAGAUUUAUUGCAUUCAUUUUCCAACCCACUUGCUAGACUCUGUUAAAACAGAUUGCAUUGUGAGUCUGCUAUGAAGGAAGAGGGACACAGGCUAAUUGGGUCACUAUGCUGGAGUCUUGUUUUUUAGAUUGCAAUUGUGUAGUAAUAUUAUUGUAUUUAUAAUAAGGAUUUCAGAUAAAGACUGCUAAAAGUUGUACUGUAUACAGCCCUGCAUAUGCAGACCUGUUGUGGUGCUUCAUAUUCAGACUUGUCAGUGGGGUUUAUUCUAAUGACAAUUUAUUCUAUUUUUCUUCAUAUCUCAUAGCACUAUGCAUUUGUCAUUCUGAAUGUUAGCAAUGCUGCAACUGCAGCUACAGCACAGUUGUUAAAUUAUAUAUUGGUAGGUAUUUAAGUGUGCAAUAGCAAAAAGAAUUUUGUGCAACUAAGCAAGCAAUGAUAUUCACUGUCCGAGGGCCCAAACUGGCUAGGAAGAGGCCGGGGUCACACACUAUAUAACCUGUCCUGACUAAAACUUUUACAAUUCCAACCUGCACCAUUCACCCAGUGCCUCUUGACCUAGUGGCAGUGUAUUUAACUUUAUUUUAAACAUAAGGUUUUCAAAAACACUGUAAAUACUACAAAUAAGGAUCAUCCAAGGAAGACAUGUAUACCGCUUAUAAUAUAAUCUAUUUUUCUUUUAAGGGAAGGGAAAAUAUUUUUUGAGUGUGAAUGUAAUUGUUGUGAAAAGAUGUAAUGACU